AUGACGACUCAUAAAAUUAGAAGAGAAGUUAUAGUUGCGAUAUACUUGUUGAUUGCCGUGGCAGUCGAUUCUGUUCAAGCAAGAAGAAACCUAAUUGUGCCUGGCAAAUCUAAUGACGCCAAGUUGGAUAAGCCGCCGAGAGGAAUCGUAAAAACUAUCCAGAGUGGCAGUGGCGAUGUUGUCGAUUGUGUCGAUAUCUACAAACAGCCGGCUUUCGACCAUCCUUUACUCAAGAACCAUAUUAUUCAGAUGAAAUCGAAUUCAUUCAUAGAAGAAGAAGAAGAAGGCAAAAGCCAUCUAGCAUCGGAGGAGCAGCCCGGAUUGGAAGAAUGGGGCGUGGAUUGCCCUGAAGGAACGAUCCCUAUCAUCAGAAGGCCAUCCAAAAACAGCGCUGAUGUGAAGGAUUACGUCUUGCCGUUUCCCUUCGACAACGAAUCCCUUGCUGUCAGUCCUAAUGCUGGACACGAAUAUGCACAAGUAUCUCUGACCGGUGCCGAAGGAACCUUCCAAGGAGCCCAAGGAAUCUUCAAUUUGUGGACCCCUCUCACAGAGAAUAAUGAAAUCAGCGUGUCCCAGAUUUGGAUCCUUGCGGGCCCCACGGAAUUCAUAAACACCGUAGAGGCUGGGUGGAUAAGUGAUGGCUACCAAUCCACAGGAUGCUACAACCUUAUAUGCCCCGGAUUCGUGCAGACGAACAGUAAAUUUGGUCUUGGUUCUAUCAUACGACCAGUGUCCAAAUUUAACGGGAAACAGAUGGAAGUGAAAAUAGAAAUCAAACAGGACAAGUCUACGGGCCACUGGUGGCUCCGACUGAAGAAUGUGGACCUGGGAUACUGGCCAGGCUCCAUCUUCACCAGCCUGCGGGGUGGUGCUAGUGCAAUAAAUUGGGGCGGAGAGAUUACGAACAGUGAAAACAAUGGCCAGCACACGACGACCCAGAUGGGAAGCGGUCACUUCCCUCGUGACGGGUUCUAUACAAAAUCGUCAUACAUCAGGAAUCUUGGUCACAUCCAAAAUAAUAAUCCGAUGCAAUCCACGCCGAGGGAAGCCCUCCAAACGUAUGUGACGAACCGUCAGUGCUACGACCUUGUGGUAGGACCUCCCAACCUUAAUUUUGGAACUCAUAUCUACUUCGGAGGUCCUGGAUUUUCAGCGCAAUGCUCAAAAUAG